AUAGCAAUGGAGUUAUUGUCCUUUUUAGUCCUUUCCCUGCUAUGAAAUUAGAUGUUCUUGUGAGCCAUGUGGUUUCUUUGGUCUUAUAUACUUUUAGUUAACAUAUGUGAAAUAAGUUUAUGAGUGUAAGGUUAGCUAUUAUGUAGUUCAAAAAGGCGUUCACCUAGGUGUGCUUAAGCGCUGGGCGUUGGCACAAAGCCUUGCUUUGGACCCAGGCGCUCAAAAAAGCGGCCGGCGAGAAAUCAGUCUCCUCCGGUGAGGAAUCAAUCUCCCCGGCGAGGAUUUGUUCUCCCCAGUGAGGAUUCAUCCUCCGUGACAAAGGUUCAACUACUCCAACGGCAGGUUGACUGAUUUUGCAAGGGAUCGAGCUUCUCUGGCUGGUUCCCAUCGGUGCAGCAAGGGAGAAAGGAGAGGAAGAGGCAGCAUCGGUGCAGCAAAGGGACACAUGAAAAGGGAGAGAGGCGGCGCGAAGAGGAUAACUUGAUUUUCGUUCUGAUUGUGCACGUAUGGGAGCUUUUAGUAGAAGAAUAGGAAGAUGGGCUUGUGGUUUAAUGGGCUAGACGAGCCCAUCUAGCAUAUUUCUUCACAAUACAGUCAUUCCUUCAUGCUACAGUACUAAAUGGAUGGAGAAAGCACUAUCUGCAGGGGGGAAAGAGUUUCUGAUUAAAUCAGUUGCUCUGGCAAUUCCGACGUACUCCAUGGCCUGUUUUAAACUCCCACGCGGUUUGUACCAACACAUCAAUGGAUUACCACGGAAGUUCUGGUGGGGAUCAAAGAAGGGCGAGAGGAAAACUGUCUGAGUGUCAUGGGAGACUAUGACGCAACCCAAGUUCACGGGAGGUAUGGAUUUCAGAGACAUAUAAUUAUUUAAUUCGGCGAUGCUGGCUCGCUAAGCCCGGCGCCUUCUGCAGGCCCCCCACUCCUUGAGUGCACGGAUUCUCAAGUCUGUAUACUAUCCCACAUGGUAUCAGCGCGACGGCAGCACACAGGAGGUGGGCUGUGAGUGAAGGUGCUGCUGGAGGGUUGCUGUGGCUGCUGUAGGAGGAAGAAGUGUUGAGGUUGGUGCUACUGGCACUGCUGGCUGCGCUUGGUGCUGGUUGUGAGUUAGCCUGCUGGUUGUUGUUGGCUGAGCUGAAAGGAAGGAGGAGAGAAGACUAGGGGAGGCAUGGGGUCUGAGCUUACUGCUGAUAUAGAGAAACUUGCGCAGCUCAUGAUUGGGAAAGCUGCCUAGGGGUUACAUCCUGCAAGUGGCGCCAUUGUUGUGCCUCACGCAGAUCAUGGUUCAAGCUUGAGCUCAUGCGGAAUGAUGUCAAGUUGAACAACGUGGCAACUACUUGAGUUGUUCGUUAUUGGAAUGACUGAAGAACCGACUGACACGGAGAGCUCAAAGUGGAAGAAGUGGAGUGUCAACUACAUGACUCUAGCCUUUGGAGUGUCAACUACAUGACUCUAGCCUUUGAAGUGGAGUGUCUGUUAAGACAUUGCCAAAUGUUUCUACUGUGUGGACCAUGCUGUCCACGAGGUAUUCCAGUAAGGGAAACCUGCUCAUGUCUCAAAUUGAAGACAAGAUCCAUGCUAUUUGUCAAGGUGACAGAACCAUGCUAGUGUAUGUGAAUAAGCUGUAACACCUUUGGGCAGAUCUCGAUCAGUAUGUUUCCCUUCAGCUUCCACAUGCAAAGUCCAUGGAUAUUGCCGAAGUGGGUUGAGUGCAGGUGUGUGAUGCAGUUUCUAAAAGGCCUAGAUCAAGCUUUUGAGAGUAGGCAUGCGCUACUACAUCAGCCGACGCUUGUGUCCCUUGAUGAGGCCACUGCUGUGAUGUCCCAAGAGGAGGUACGCCUGCAGUUGAGAAGAGGAGACGGAAAUGAAUAUGCUUACAGAGUGGCUAACCAGAGAGGUUUUGGGGAGUUUUAUAAUUGUAGUCAAACAUGCCAUUUCAACCGUUUCUACAAAAGAGACGGAGGCCGAGGGUAUAGUACUGUUGGCAGUAGCAGCCGAGAUGGUUGGAAUGGGGGUGGUGGUCCUUGGAAUGCUCCAAGGCAAAUGUAGCUGCUUCAACUGAAGGGAAGCAGCAUGCAGGAGGAUAUAUAGGAGAUACUACCAGCUAGGCCAACUUUGUCGAUACAAAUGAAGGUAACAUUGAAUAUGCAUCAAUAAGAGCCCAUCAAAUAAACUCUAAAUGGGUGCUUGACUCUGGAGCAUCACAACAUGGUGUAGGAGACUUUAAUGAGCUUAAACCUUAUGUUCCACACUGUCUCGCACAUCAGAAAAACAUUCACACAAUAGAUGGGACAUCCCGACCCAUCACAGGUGUUGGGAGAGUAAACUGCACACUGAAUAUUGGAUUAUCCUCAGUGUUGCAUAUGCCAGCUUUUUCCAUGAACUUAGUGUCCUUGAGUGCUUUUUUUGACCAAAUUGAUUGCCGGAUAAUUCUUGAGAAGGUUGUGUUCUUGAUCCAUGAGAGAUCCACGAGCAGGAGUCUUGGAAUUAGAACAAGUCAUAGGUGGUUAUGGUACAUGAAGCGCAACAUGACGGACCAAGAUGGAAUGGGCAUGCUAGCUGUUGUUGCCGAGGAUAAGGAGACUAGAGACUUGAUCCUGUUAUGAAAGCAACUUAUCUCUAUAAGAUAGCCCAUGAAGCAUAUAUAUAUAGUACACAUGGCUUGGGGUAAAAGGCAAGGAAACCCUAUUAAGGAUUCCUAGACUAAUAAUAAUACUUCAUCACAUAACCUACUAAGUGUAACACUAAAAAAAUUAAUAAUCCAAAUCCGCAUCUUGAGAGUGUUGUCGUAGCAUGAAGAGUCUUGAAAACCUAUCGAGUCGCCAAAAAGGAUAACGAAGAGAUGGCAGCAGAGGAAGACACCACAUCACUUCAAGAUACAAGAGAAGUAUUAAGAGAAGAUGAGUUAUCAAAAGAAGAUGACACAUGAAGAGAAUAAAGCAUUGCGCGGAAAAUCAUAGCUCACAACAACCGGCGGCGGAAAAAGCUUGGCGGCUAAAGGCAAUGGGCGUAGAUCGCCAAUGCAAAAAAAGUCUAGAAAAUUCUAUAGAAAACAACAAGAUCAAGUAGGCCAUAAAAGUUGUAUAGAAAGGAUCAGGGUCAAAGAAAGGCUGACAAACAAAGGUAUGGUGGACUCCAUGGCAUGAGAGACACAAAAUAUCAACAGAUUUGAUGGACGUAGGAAAAAAUAUAGAAAACUAGAAAGCUAGAAAGCACAUACUAGACGAAGAUGCAAAAGACAUCAUGAAAGCAUAAGAGAAGGUAUGGAGAAAGUUGUGCAGAUGAGAUGCUGACGAGGAACAACAAAGAGGAGCACAUGUGCAUGAGGAUGUAUCAAUGCAAGUAGCACAUGUGAGCAGCGGUAGUAGCUACAGGGAAGAAAGCAACAUACAAGGAGCAACAUGAACAUCACAUAGCAAAUGCUAGGAGAUACUAGUAGGACACAACACCUAAGCAAGCCAUCAACGUGUAGGAGCUACAUACGGGAGGCAAGUGCGCGUGCAGGCGGGAGCGGCUGGAACGAUCAAGCAACAAGACGCAGGAGCGCGGGCGGAGGAGCACGCGCGCGGGUAGAUGAGCGGAGAUCGAGGACGCGGGGCCAGCCGAGGACCCUGGAGCUAGCAGACGGACAAUCAUGCAACAUUGGAUUGGAGACCUGUAAAACGGAUGCGGCAGCCCCUCUUGGCCUGGUACAGCUGACACGUGCACCUGCAGCGGCUUGUAGGUCCUGGGCGAUAGCAGAUCGAGGCGAAGCGGUAGAGGAAAUCGAUCGGGGUAACGGACCAGGCGGGCGAGAGCAGCGCAGGAUCAGUGCCAGAUCUGGGUGGCGACCAGCGGGCGUCGCGGUGGACAUUGCGGUGGGUAGAGGCAGCAACAACAACCAAGAGAUAUUGAUGCGCGAAGAUUAGAUCGCGAGGACGAGAAAAAAAUGGAUCAUAAGGACAAAUUGCGGCGUCCGGAGACCAUGUUAUGAAAGCAACGUAUCUCUAUUACAUAGCCCAUGGAGCACAUAUAUAACACGUGACUUGGGGUACAAGACAAAGAAACAUAGCCUAUUAAGGACUCCUAGACUAGUGGUAAUACUUGCUAACAAAUCCAUCACUAUAGGAUGGGACAUGUGUCUUUUGAUAAAAUGUCUCAAGUAUUUCUUGAUGUAAUGAGUGGUGUGUUAGGCUACUGGCCAUUGGGCGUUGCCAAUGACUUUAGUCCCACCUCAGUUAUGGGGCAAGGCUGGGACCACCUUAUAAGGGAGAGAGCCACACUCCCUUCAGGCUUGUAGUGGUAUAUUUGAUGCACACUGAAAAUGUCUGAACGUGACCCGAAGAUGUUAACAUGGUGUGAACAAGAGCAAGUUACAUUGUGACGCGUGGUAGUUUGUUGAACAUAUGAGGACCUCAUAUGUGAGUAAGGGGGUCAGAAGCAUAUUUCCUUUUGUGUUAAUCCACUCUGAUGUAUGUACAUGUCUAGUGUUAUCUGUCAAUGGUAUGAAGUACUUCGUUGUGUUAAUUGAUUGCCAUUUGCGGAUGACUUGGGUCUAUCUUCUGAAACAUAAAAUGAAGUAUUUUAGUGUUUCAAAAAAAAUUAUGCAUUUGUUCAGACUCAAUUUAAUGUGAAAAUUCAAGCACUUAGACCUGACAAUAGCAUCGAGUAUGGUAACAAGUAGGAUGCAAAUUUGGAACCUUUAGGGUACCCUCCAACCCUACUUAGUGCAACCAAAUGAACUAAAGUUAUAAAAUUGAAGUGAAUUUUGUUUUUUUUAGUUCAUUUAGUUGAACAAAAGAGAGUCGGAGGGUAUUCUCAAGAUUUCAAAUUUGCAUGCCUAUUAACAAGGUCAUUGGUGCUUUCAUGUUGGACAAGGACAUCCUAUAUCAAACAUCUUGUCUGGACACACCUCGGAAUUGGGUGGCAUAGAGGAAAAAAUCGCCACCUACUGGAGGUGGCCUAGGCUUUGAUGUUCACCAUGAAUGUGCCCAGGUUCCUCUCUCUCUCUCUCCCUCUCCCUCCCCCUCUCUCACUCUCUCUCUCUCCCUCCCUCUCUCCCUCUCUCCCUCUCCCUCUCCCGCUCUCUCUCCCCCCUCUCCCUCUCUCUUCUCUUCUCUCUCUCUCUCUCUCCCACCUUCUUGAUCAACCACAUGCCACCCCGUGAGACAGGUAUGAAAUCACCGAGUUAGUUGUUUUUCACAGCAAUAAAUUUCCAGUUCCUCCCAAGGUGUUCGGUUCCACUUGUUUUGUUCGUGAUCAUAGGCCAUCAUUAAACAAAUUGGAUCAUCAGGAGUGCAUUUUUAUUGGGUAUUCUUCAAGUCAAAUAGGGUAAAAAUGAUGGCGUACGUCUGAGAGGCGGACAUUUGUGAGCAUGGAUGUUAUGUUCCUUGCAUCAGAACCUUUUUAUGGUGAGAAAACUGAUCUAAAUGUCUUGUUUGAAGGACUUGACCAAUGUCUCCAACCAGAAAUUGGUCAAAGACGAGGAGAGUAGUAGCACACGGAUGCAGAUGAUGCAGUAGUCGCCUUUAGCAACAGGCGGCUCAUUGGUAACUCUUGUGGUGCAUGUGAUACAAGCAUCAACUUCCACUGGUGAUGUAGUUACACCAGGUCAUAUUGGUAGUGUGCUGAGGUGGACAAUAGAGCAAGAGGAACAACUAAAGGUUUAUUCACGGAAGCAUGCACCGGCUCAAAUUGGUAGUGUGCCAAGGUGGACAACAGAGCAAGAGGACCAACUAAAGGUGUAUGCACGGAAGCAAGGUGAUGGGGUUGCACUUUAGGGGGGCAACUAGACCAGCCACUCAUGGAACAACAAGGUAGUACUAAUGUGAUUUCCAUCUCCUCUGGCGGGGAUCAGGCUGAAGGGUCAAUUAAGGGGAUUUUUGCUUUGAGGAGAACUACUCGAGCAACAACUGGAAUACAAGAGAAACGGUAUUUGUUCGAUGACAAUGGUAUUGGAAAGUAUGUCUCCUAUGAAGCAUUAUCUUCAUCCCACAAAACAUUUGUUGCUUCUCUUUAGUAUAUGUCAAUUCCAACUGACUGGAAGAAGGCAAAGGAGGACUCAAAGUGGCGAGUGGCCAUGGUGGAAGAGUUGGAGGCUCUGUGUAAGAACAAGACAUGGGUACUAAUGCCCUUUCCAACAGGAAAGAAGGCAAUUAGCUGCAAGUGGGUAUACAAUGUGAAGUAGAAUGCAGAAGGAAAUGUUGAAAGGUACAAAGCAAGGGUUGUGUUGACUAUGAUGAGACCUUUGCUCCAGUAGCAAAGAUGAACACCGCGAGGAUUCUGAUAUCAUAUGUAGCAAAUUCAGGUGGCCUUUACACAAACUUGAUGUGAAGAAUGCCUUCUUGCAUGGGGGCUUGUAGGAGGAGGUAUACAUGGAGAUUCCACCAGCGUUUUCGCUUCUGAAAUGGCAACUCUAGUUUAUGUCGCAACUACAAUCUUGGUGAGUUCCCUCCUCUGUUUCCAUUGGUUUGCUCGUAUAGUCUCUUUUAUGGAAUAUGGCAACGAUCUAUCAUGGAGGUGGUGAAGGUAAAAUCGAUGAUGAAACUUAGGGGAGUUGACCACCGGAGUAGACCUUUGUUUCUACCAUAAGAACACCUACUCAUCCCAAUUCUUUUGUUAUUUGGAUUGUGAUUCAUUAUUCGAAUCUUUUUAUGUGUAAAGAUCAUGACAUGCCUUCAUCCAUUUCUGAUCAUGCAACCUUUGCUUCCCUCUCUUCCCUUACGCCUAGAGAAAAUGCAACAAGAAGGCAACCCCUUGAUAAAUUAUUCUGAGUUCCCGUGUUUUGCUCGCUACAACCACCACUCCGGCGGUCAGAGGGGCAGGUGAACCAUGUUUGCCUUCCCACAAUUGCAUAGAGGUAGGGUUAGGUUUUAGUGUCUGGCCUGAGGGCAAUGAGGGUAUUUAAUAUUCAUGCAUCGGUUCUUCGUCACCACGGUGAAAUAAAAGAUUUGGUGGCCUUUGUCGGCUUGUUAUCCGCUUAGGGCAGCGAGAUUCAGUUUUCUGUUUGCGGAUGGUGUUGCCUCUCGGAGGCAAAUUGCCGAGAUGAGAUGGGUGAUGGCUUUGUUACAUGGGUGAUUGUUCAGAGUGGAUGAAUCUAUCGUUCUUCCAUAAUAUUGUCGGCGAGAUGCAUGUGGCGAAUCCAGACCCAGGUCAGCACGGGGUUGUUCCACGACCAAUGUGCCUCAAUGCUUGCGACGAGCCUAUUAUUCGACCCUAAAAUCCUUUUCGAUGAUGGCAUUUAGUUCUAGCGUUGAUGGACGUUUGGCUUCUCUUCAAAUGAACACCUUGAUGGUGACUGAGGUUGGCAGUAAUUACUGGCUUUGGCGUGUGCAAGAGCCACUCAGCGCCUAAUAUAAAUUUUCAAUUCCGUGGGUUCUUUGUUGCACAAAUUCCAGUGACUACUCGCGGUCUCUAGCAGUUUUUGGUACAUUUUUAUCCACGCCUUGUUGCUAUGAGGAUGCACGGUUACGACGAAAAGUUUGAUCAUGUAAAACAUAAACCAUCUCAUGUAUAACACCGACUCGAGUGCACGGUAACCACACCCGUCUAACCUAUCCCUCACACAAUGUAAAUCCAAACAUGGCCAACUUAAAAAGAUAACCAUUGGUGGACUCCAGCAGUGCCCAUGAAAGUCCAAAGAUGGCAUAACAAUCAAUCAAAGUCCAAAGAUGGCAUAGCUAUUAAUCAAAAUCUUAAGAUGGCAUAGUAAUCAAUCAAAAUCAAAAUAUGGCAUGAUAUAAAUCAAAAUCUAAAGAUGGCAUAGCAAUCAAUGAAAAUCCAUAUUUAGAUUUUCAUUUAUUCUUUGCCAUCUUUGGUUUUCAUUUAAUGAUUUGCCAUCUUUGGAUUUGUAUUUAUUACUAUGCCAUCCAUACCAUUUAUUGUUUGCCAUUUUUGGAUUUUCAUUUAUUUUUUUCCAUCUUUGGGUUCUCAUUUAAUGAUUUGCCAUCUUUGGGGUUUGUAUUUAUUACUAUGCCAUCUUUGGAUUUGAAAACCAAAAAUUAGAAGAAAAAAGAUCUCUGCACAUCAUCCGAAGACAUCCACACCAGGAUGAUUGUAAAUAGGUCAUGUGAAUUCCAUGUAUUUUUGGGGUCCUCUAUGAAAUUUUGACCCGCCCUUGCCCUAUAAAAGCUCCGGGUUUGUGUGUAUUUUCAGUACCGAGUUGUCGAGAAAAAUUGAAGGGGGAGUUUUCUGGUUGUUGGUGUUGUGCUUGAGAGGUGAAAUUGAAGGAGGGGCCAUGUCGGAGGCGGCGGGUGAGGCGGCAUAUGGCGCGGGAAUGCCCAAGAGCCUGCUUCAUCCUCAGCCACAACCCAUCGUUGAUGACGCCCACGAAGGUAGCGCUUCCUAUUCUGCGCCGCGCUCAUCAUGUCCCAUGGUCGGCAAUGGUGUUGUGCAUGUGCCUGCCAUGAGCGCAAGCUCUCAGCCACCCAGGCAGAAGCGCGGCCGUCCACGGAAGAACACCCCAGAUGGUACCAAGCUGCCAGCUAUCUUCCCUGCAGCAUAUCCUAUUGGUCUUGUCGCUUCCCCGACACCAGCUCUACCCCCGGGCUUCACGUUGGGAUUGUGGGGCGUAGGCGUCGUGAGGCCCCAGGCACCACCAGCACUGCCGUCGCCAUUACCCCCACCACCCUUUGAGAAUUCAAAACAACGGGCCAAGAAGAAAAGGGUAUGGCCGCCGAGCUCCACAACCAGCAAGAAGCAGCGGGAGUUGGCUGUAGCAGAGCCAGGUGCCACUGGAUUAGUUCCUCAGGUCAUCACAAUCCAAGGUGGAGAGGAUGUAGCAGCGAAAGUCAUGUCCUAUUGUGGGAAUGGGUGGGCAGUUUUUAUCAUGUCUGCCGAGGGCGCCGUACGCAAUGUGACAUUGAAGCAACCAGCUUCUUCCUGUGGAACUGUUAUUUAUGAGGGUUAUUUUGACAUUGUCUCUUUGUCUGGCGUGUACGUGCCGUCAAAAAGUAAUGGACUGAGCACUCUAAAAGGUGGAUUCAGUAUUUCGCUUGUUGGUCAUGAUGGUCGUCUCUUCGGCGGUGGGUUAGCAGGACCUCUGAUUGCAGCUUCACCUGUUCAGGUGGUCAUUGGAAGGUUUGCAGCUGAUGAGAAAGAGGAGAUCAAACAGGAUGUGGCCAGUGGAAGGGUUGCAGCUGAUGAAAAGGAGGAGAUCAAACAAGAUGUUGCCAGUGGAACUCCAGGUGCUACUACACCAACUGCUGGUCCGAAUGAACCCUCUAGCGGUCCAGGAAGCCCAUCAAACUAGGGCGCGGCUCGCACAUUCAACAGCAGCUUCCUAUUUCCAGAUGCCAGUCAGCUUAAAAUCCUAGCUUUUCCCUACUAUUUCCAAAUGCUUAUCUUUCAACUCGAACUUGUUGAACUUUUCGGUCUCGUUAUAUGAUGUAUGGCCCCUGGAUAUGGUCAGGUUAAUUAUGUGUUUUGUAACUGUUUCAUGAUGCUUCGUGAUGUUAUUGUUAUGAAAUGUUUCAUGGUCA